AUGGCCGAAAAGAAGACCGGCGUUGCGCCUGACGAGCGCACCGUCAUUGGACUGUCCUUUGGCAACUCUUACAGCUCCAUUGCAUGCACUGUUGACGACGCUGCUAUUGUUAUCGCCAACGAGGAUGGUGACCGUCAGAUCCCAACUGCCCUGUCAUACGUCGAUGGCGAGGAGUACAACGGAAACCAGGCCAAGGCUUUCCUGAUCCGCAACCCCAAGAACUCGAUCAUCUCCUUCAGGGAUUUCCUCGGCCAAGAAUUCAAGUCGAUCGACCCCACACACUGCCACGCCGCAGCUCACGCCGAAGACAAGGACGGCAGCGUCUACUUCACCGUCCAGGACAAGGCUGAGGGUGAGCCCUCGACCAUCUCGGUAUCCGAGGCCGCCACUCGCUACAUUCGCCGCCUCGUGCAAUCUGCUUCCGACUACAUUGGCAAGAAGGUCACCUCGGCCGUUCUCACAGUACCCACCAACUUCACCGAGAAGCAGCGCGAGGCCCUGAUCAAGGCCGCCAACGAUGCCGACUUGGAGGUUUUGCAGCUCAUUGCCGAGCCCGUUUCGGCUGUCCUGGCUUAUGAUGCCCGGCCCGAGGCUGACAUCAAGGACAAGACCAUUGUUGUUGCCGACCUCGGUGGUACCCGCUCAGAUGUUGCCGUGGUUGCCUCGAGAGGAGGCCUCUACACCAUUCUCGCCACUGCUCACGACUACGAGUUUGCUGGUGUCCACCUGGACCAGGUCCUGAUGGACCACUUUGCCAAGGAGUUCAUGAAGAAGAACAAGGACGUCGACCCCCGCGAGAACGCAAGGAGCUUGGCCAAGCUCAAGGCCGAGUCCGAGGCUGCCAAGAAGGCUCUCAGCAUUGGAACCAACGCGUCCUUCAGCGUGGAGAGCUUGGCUGGCGGUAUCGACUUCCAGGCCACUGUCAACAGGCUGCGAUACGAGACCAUUGCCCGCAAGGUCUUUGAGGGCUUCAACCGCCUGGUGGAAGGCGUCAUCAAGAAGGCCGGCCUUGACGUUUUGGACAUUGAUGAGGUCAUCAUGACCGGUGGCACUUCGCACACGCCCCGCGUCGCCGCCAACUUCCGCUACAUCUUCCCCGAGAGCACCAUCAUCCAGGCUCCUUCCACCAGCCCCAGCGCCAUCAACCCCUCGGAGCUGCUGGCUCGUGGUGCCGCUCUGCAGGCUUCGCUGAUCCAGGAGUACGAGUCCGACGACAUUGAGCAGUCCACACACCCUGCCGUCUCCACCGUGCCUCACAUUGCCAAUGCCAUUGGUGUCAUUACUGUCGGCAGCGACGGCGAGGAGUCCUUCACUCCCAUUAUCGCCCCCGAGACUGCUGUGCCCGCCCGCCGCACCGUCCACGUCGAGGCCCCCAAGGAGGGCGGCGACGUGCUCAUCAAGAUUGUCGAGGGCAACACCCACAUCAAGGUCACCAAGCCCGAGCCCAAGCCCAAGGAGAAUGGCAAGAAGGAUGGCGACGACGAUGAGGAUGACAGCGACGAGGACUCCGAGGAGGAGGAAGAGGAGGAGCACCGCGAGAAGAUCUGGAAGAUUGGCACCACCCUCGCCGAGGCCGCCGUCAAGGGUACCAAGAAGGGUAGCAAGGUCGAGGUCACCGUACAAGUCAAUGCUGACCUGGCCGUGAUAGUCACCACCCGGGAAGUCGGUGGAAAGGGUGGCGUCAGAGGCACUGUCAAGGCCCCUUGA